UCAAAUUAAUAUAGUAAAUAUUUAUAGCUAAUAUAUUUUUGACUACUUUUAAAUUUACUUAUAUAUGUAUAUUAAAUUACAAUAAUUUAUUAUUUUAUAAUUCUGUUAUAAACUAAUUUACUGAAAACUUGUAACAAAUUAUUGGAUAUUGAUAAAGUUGUUGAUAGCAGGAAAGAUACACUUAUACAUAAAAAUCAACAAUGAAUUCAUGAUGAUUGGAUAUAUUUUUAUCUGCAAUAUCAAAUUUUUAUUUUGAAGACUUGAAAGUAUACACAAUUUAUAUUUGAUUUGCCAUGUAAUAAGUAUGAAAUAUAUAUUUUUACUGUCUCAUCUUAUUAUCUAAGUGGUUGGCUAGAUAAAACUUAAAUGAUUGAAACAACUUACUUGAACAAGGAGUGGUAAACUGAUGUUUCUGUCUUUUACAGUAUUUCAGCCAAAUUCAGGUAAACUAACAUUUGUUUGAAUUAUCAUAAGUUAAAAUACCACUUUUGAAAAAUACAUUCAUAUAAGAUAUUGAUUAUUGUUUAUGGUUUAAUAUUUUAGGGAGUGAAGUUGGAUUUAGAAAUUUCUAUAAAUUACUCUUAAACAUUUAUAAAUUUCUAUAAAUAAUUUUAAAUGAUUAAUGAAAGUAGGUUUAGUUUUUUUUUUCAUCACAAACUUAAAGUAUUUAUGAAAAUGGUUAUCCCAUGAAAGUAAAUUUGAAAAAUAGUAACAAAUUUGGUGUAAAAUUAGAAUUUACUUUUGUAUAAAACUAAUAUAUAUAUAUAAGCCAUCCUAUUAGUUGGUUAGGUUAGUAUAAGAAGAAAAAAAACUCUUACUGAAAAUCUCAUGGAUAGAUUGAAAGAUAGUGGUAUGGUAUGUGUAGAUCAUAUGUAAAGUAAAUGUUAAUUUUAUGGUGUGUUCUUUCUUAGUAGAAUAUAUUAAAACGUAUUUUUUUUUGUGGAAAGAGCAAAGUUUUUGUAUAAAUGAUAAUGUUUAUUGGGCUUUGGUGUUACAAUCAUUUAGUUGGUUUUUUUAGUAAACCCUAAACCCAAUACAUGGCACGGAACUGAAAGAUGCUAGAAAAUAAUUUAAACAAAAACAUGGGCCCUAAGUAAGUCUCCACCGUUGGAUUACAUCUCGUGAUCACAGAGAUUGAUGAAUACAGAGAGAGAGAGAUGUGAAACAAAUCUAGAAAUUCAAAUUCUCACCAUUAACGGCUCUCUCUCUCUCUUUCCCUUAUUCCUUGAUUCUUUGCUUCUCACAGUGGCUUAACAACCUCUUCCUCUUCUUCUUCUUCCUCCUCUUCUUCUUCAUUCUAAUUAGAGAAUGAAGCACUUCAUGAUGCCAAGAAACGCCGUCGUGCGAGACACCGGAGAGCCGCAAUCGCCGAACCCUAGCUUGACUAAAUCCAAGUCCCAAAGGAAGUCAAGAUCCGCCAAAGAGAACGCCCCGCCUCCCGAUCCGAACUCGCUGCCGCCUGAUUACAAGUCUUCUCCGGCGAAACUGAAGAGUCCGCUGCCUCCGCGUCCGCCGUCUGCCAAUCCUCUUAAACGGAAGCUCAUCGCGGAAGCUGCGUCGGAUAACGGUGUAGCUGGGGUUUCAGAUUCUGGCGUUAAGGUUAUAGUCAGAGUGAAGCCUCCAAGCAAAGGUGAGGAAGAGGAGAUGAUAGUUAAGAAGAUCUCCAGCGAUGCCCUCUCUAUAAAUGACCAUACUUUCACUUUCGACUCAAUCGCUGACCCUGACUCAACACAGGAUGAAAUCUUUCAACUUGUGGGAGCCCCUCUUGUGGAAAACUGUCUUGCUGGAUUUAACAGUUCUGUUUUUGCUUAUGGACAGACUGGUAGUGGGAAAACGUAUACCAUGUGGGGUCCUGCAAACGGAUUGCUGGAAGAGCACCUGAGUGGUGACCAAAGAGGUUUGACUCCACGUGUCUUUGAGCUGCUCUUCGCCCGUAUCAGUGAGGAGCAAGUGAAGCACGCUGAAAGGCAGCUCAGUUACCAGUGCCGUUGUUCUUUUCUCGAGAUAUACAACGAGCAAAUAACAGAUCUUUUGGAUCCGAGCCAGAAAAACCUGAUGAUUAGAGAAGAUGUCAAGUCCGGUGUUUAUGUUGAAUAUCUGACUGAGGAAAACGUGAAAAAUUUGAAGGAUUUGUCACGGCUCCUGAUCAAGGGUUUGGCAAACAGAAGGACAGGUGCAACAAGUGUAAAUGCAGAGAGUUCAAGGUCGCAUUGUGUAUUUACUUGUGUUGUUGAGUCACAUUGCAAGCAGAAUGCGGCAGAUGGUCUAAGCAGCUUCAAAACAAGUAGAAUAAAUCUUGUUGAUCUGGCUGGUUCCGAAAGACAAAAAUCAACUGGUGCAGCAGGAGAACGGUUGAAGGAAGCUGGGAAUAUCAAUCGAUCACUUUCUCAACUUGGGAAUUUGAUUAACAUUCUCGCAGAAGUUUCACAAACAGGGAAGCAAAGGCAUAUACCAUACAGAGAUUCCAGGCUGACGUUCCUAUUGCAGGAGUCUCUUGGUGGGAAUGCAAAGUUAGCGAUGGUUUGUGCGGUAUCUCCCUCGCAAAGUUGUAGAAGCGAAACCUUCAGCACCUUGAGAUUUGCUCAGCGUGCAAAGGCGAUUCAGAACAAGGCCAUUGUCAAUGAAGUGAUGCAGGAUGAUGUAAAUUUCUUGCGGGAAGUCAUACGCCAGCUGAGGGAGGAACUGCAAAGGGUGAAGAAUAAUGGAAACAACCCAGCUAAUCCAAAUGCAGCCUAUGCCACGUCCUGGAAUGCACGUAGAAGUAUGAGUUUGUUAAGAAGUUUUGGCCUGAGUCAUCCAAAGUCAUUAGCCAAUGGAGAUGAUGAUGGAGAUACUGAGAUGGAAAUAGAUGAAGAGGCUGUUGAAAGGCUUUGUGCUCAAAUAGGCUUGCAGUCAUCUCCACCUGCCGAGGAGAGCAAUCCGGACACGAGCAGAGUAGAGAAAAUAAAUCCAUCCUUACAAACUUUGGCCCUGGAGGAUGAAAAUUACGAGAACUCCCACCUUCAGUCAUCUGAUGGCCAAUCUACAGGAAAGCAGUUUCCUGAGGAUACAGAUGUUAACAUGGAGGAUGCAAGUUGCCAAACUGAGAAUCACGAGGCAGUUACUAUUAAUAAUGAGCCAACUGUGGAAGAAAUUGGCAUCACAGCAGCCGUGCAAACUAUGGAUCAUGGUUCAAGUGUGCUGCCUCAUUUGAUAACCAAUUCUCUUGGUUCUCCUAUUAGUAACACAGACCACGACAAUUCACUUGGCAAGGCGGAAAACAUUCCAUCAUGCCAAGACUUGGUUCCUGGAGCUCUUGUUUCCUCGAUUGUAUCAGUAGCUGACGCUUCAGAUGAUACAGAACACUUCUCAAUAAUUCCUGUGUCACCUUGCCUCAGCUUAGAUCCAGCAAGUGCUUCUCCUGUACUAAUAACUCCCACUGAGAGUGUCUCUCCUAGGAUUAGGAAGAGCAGGAAAAGCUUGAGGACAUCAUCAAUGUCCACCGCAUCACAAAAAGAUAUGGAGAGAGCAAACCAAGUAACUACUGAAAUUAUGGAACCUUCUUCCGCUGUGUCUACAAAGAUGUUAAAACUACCUAGUGCUGCGUCUACAGAGAAAAGUGGAGCUUUUCCUGUGCCAACUAACCAAUUGGCGGCUAGCCUCCACAGAGGAAUGAAAAUACUCGACUCCUAUCGCCAGAGUACUGCUCAAAGACGGUCUACAUUCGGGUUCUCCUACAAAGCUCUAGAAUGCAAGCCUUCAACGGUUUUAAGCAAGGCUGAUGUAGGUGUACAAACUUAUCCCGAAGCUGAUAUAAUAGCAGAAGAGAACCCAAAAGAAGUAGUUUGCAGUAAAUGCAAAAGCAUAGCAGAAUGUGAUGUCCAAGAAACAAGUGACAUUUCAAAUCUUCAGUUGGUCACUGUUGACAACUCAGAAAAGUCCAGUUUCCAGGUUCCUAAGGCAGUGGAAAAGGUUCUAGCAGGGUCUAUCAGAAGGGAAAUGGCUCUGGAAGAGUACUGCACUAAGCAAGCUUCUGAAAUAUCACAGCUUAAUCGGCUGGUUCAACAGUACAAACAUGAGCGAGAGUGCAAUGCCAUCAUAGGACAAACAAGGGAGGACAAAAUUGUUCGUCUUGAAAGCCUCAUGGAUGGCGUGUUGUCUAAAGAUGAUUUCCUGGAUGAAGAAUUUGCAUCUCUCAUGCAUGAGCAUAAGCUUCUGAAGGACAUGUACGCGAACCACCCUGAAGUACUGCAGACGAGGAUUGAGUUGAAACGAGCACAAGAAGAGCUCGAAAGUUUCAAGAACUUCUAUGGUGAAAUGGGAGAAAGGGAAGUGUUACUGGAAGAGAUUCAAGAUUUAAAGGCGCAUGUACACUGUUACACCGACACUUCUCUUACAUCGUCUCGGAAAAGAGGUUCCCUGCUUAAGCUGACAUACACUUGUGACCCUAAUCCGGCUCCACCUCUUAAUGCCAUUCCUGAGUCAGUGGAGGAGAGUCCUGAGAAGACAUUAGUACAGGAAAGACUUCGUUGGACUGAAGCAGAGAGCAACUGGAUCUCUCUAGCUGAGGAAUUAAGAAAUGAGCUUGAUACCAAUAGGAAGCUAAUGGAAAAGCAGAAACGUGAACUGGAUACCGAGAAAAGAUGUACAGAAGAGUUGACGGAAGCAAUGCAGAUGGCGAUGAAAGGUCAUGCACGGAUGAUUGAGCAAUACGCAGACCUGGAAGAGAAACAUAUACAAUUGCUUGCAAGGCACAGGAGGAUCCGAGAAGGAAUAGACGAUGUUAAAAAAGCUGCAGCCAGAGCAGGAGUCAAGGGAGCAGAGUCCAGGUUCAUAAACGCACUUGCGGCAGAGAUCUCAGCGUUGAAAGUGCAAAGAGAGAAAGAGGCACAAUACUUCAGAGAUGAGAACAAGAGUCUCCAGUCACAGCUAAGAGAUACAGCUGAAGCUGUUGAAGCAGCAGGAGAGUUACUUGCUCGACUUAAAGAAGCUGAAGAAGGAUUAAAAAUCGCUCAGAAACGGGCAACGGACGCAGAGUAUCAAGCAUCAGAAGCAUAUAAACAGAUUGAAAAACUGAAGAGCAAACAAGAAACUGGAUUCAGAACUCUUAAUCAACAACAAGGCAUUGCAGAGUCACACAAUCAUAUAGAAUCGUUACAUGGCGAUGAUAUGGCUAAAUAUGAUGGGCCAGUGGAAGAACCAUCAGCAAGUUCAGGAGAUGAGCAAUGGAGAGAAGAGUUCGAGCCAUUUUACAAGAAAGACGCGGAAUUGGCAAAGCUUGCCGAACCUUCUUGGUUCUCAGGGUAUGACAGAUGCAACAUAUAGUUUCGUUUCCACAACAUAUUGUUUUCUUGUAAUGUGUAUAGGAAAAAAAAAUCAGAUAUUGUUGGGGUCUGAUCUGAUUUUCAAGUGUGGGAAUUUGUCAUUGUAUUUCAAAUAUAUCCUAUAAACUCAUUUUACAAUGUUACAUAUGUGUGUUCUCAU